GGCCUCCUCCAUCAUUUAGGGUUGCCGUCGGAAGAUCCGGCGUGUAAAGCCGGGAAAUCGGGUACCGUGUCAUGGUUCGAGGGAGAUGGGUUGUUAGGGGAGCUACGACGGCGUUCCUUCCUUCUGCAUUGCAUGGGUUUCUGGUAAUCGUUGGCUUUCGAGCGAUUUGGUGCGGCCUCUCAAUCGGUUGCUAGGGUUUGAGGGUUCUGUGUUUUGGAAAAUUGAAGGAGGAUUCAUGCCUUCGUUGACUGAUAGCCUUGGAGAGAGACAUUUACGGUAGCGGCUAGAGAAGAUGAACUCCAGUGUUCCUCUCGAUUGUGCUUUUUUUGAACUCUCCCCAAGACGGACAAGGUGUGAGUUGUUCGUUUCAGAAGACGGCAAGACUGAGAAACUUGCAUCCGGUUUCUUGAAACCAUUUUUGACCCAUCUGAAGGUCGCUGAAGAACAGGCUUGUCGUGACGUUCCCUUGAUCAAUCUAGAAGUUGGAAGAAGGAAAAAUGCUGCCACUUGGUUCAAUAAAGGAACCGUUGAGAGGUUUGUUCGGUUUGUUAGUACACCAGAGGUGUUGGAGCUGGUCAAUACACUCGAUGCAGAAAUGUCACAAUUAGAGGGAGCUAGGAAGAUGUAUUCUCAGGGAGCAAGAGACCAGCUCUUCGGUGAAAGUGAAACAAAAUCUGCUGCAGCUGUAGAUGCGACUAAGAAAGAGCUUCUGAGAGCAAUUGAUGGACGGCUUCUUACUGUAAAGCAGGACUUGGCUACUGCUUGUGCUAGGGCAUCAGCUGCUGGUUUCAAUUUAGAAUCUGUAUCUGAGCUUCUUCUUUUUGCGGAUCAGUUUGGUGCAAUUCGCUUGAGUGAAGCAUGUAAAAGCUUUCUCUCCCUGCCUCAGCGUCAGCCCGAGUUGAUUAGCCAUCAGCAGUCUAUGGCAUCACAAGCUAUCCAUCCACAGUGGAAGAGCUUCAAUGAUGCCAAUGUUCGUUCCUCUUCUAGCUCUGACAUGUCAAUAGAUGAACCAGAAGUUGAGCAGACUGACCCUGCCAAAUCAGCGACUUUUCAUAGUGAUGCACAACUGCAUAGCCUCAGCUCAUAUAAACAACAAAAGCAAGCUGUAGAUGGAACAAAUACUGCCACUACUGAGAAGCUGAAACCAAAUUCACAGCAUUUGGUAGAUAAGGUGCUGGAAAAGGUGGAUGAUCGAGCUUCUGGUGUUGUAUCUUCAGCUAAGUUUAUGCAGCAGGCUGGAGGAUCAAAAAGAUUAACUGUACAGGAUCGGAUAAAUCUUUUUGAGAGCAAGCAGAAAGAACAAUCAGCUAAUCCUAAUAUUGGAGGUGGCAGUUUUGGUGGUCCCACUGUUGGUAGAUUGUCUGGAACUAGAGGGGAGCACCGUAGAAACCAGUCUGAUGUUUCUGUGGAGAAAUUAGUUUUGAGGAGAUGGAGUGGUGCUAGUGACAUGAGUAUUGAUCUCAACAGUAACAGCACCAGCAGCACUGACCGCAAAGAGAGUGGUAGCACUGCAGGCACUCCAACUUCUGCCAACUUGCAGCAUCAAAUUACUACUAGAAGUUCUGAGAAUGAUGAUCGUGGUUUAACUGAGGCAUCAAAAUCUUGCGCUAGGUUGGGUUCUAAAAACAGCUUGUUGGCAACUUCUUCAACUUUCUCUACAUCUCAGGGUCCUGAUGGAACAUUCCCAAACGGUCGUGAAUCUCAGAGCAGGGAUGCAGUUCAUAAGCAAGUCAUUGCUUCAGCCAACAUGGAGCCACCUGGAUUUUCCAAGGAGGAACAACCGAAUGCUUGGAACCAUAUGAACUGUUCUCUGGAGGGUUUAGAGCAUGGUGAAAUGUGUGUGGAAAUUGUUUCUCAAAGCAGAACAAAAGGCUUUUCCAACUCUAGAGAGGUUGUCAUAACAAGAGAACCAGCAGCGUCUCAAACUAAUUCCAGGUCUACUCCGGCGGAGCUUGUUUAUGAUCAAAUGGUGUCUCAGAUUCCUUGUAGAGCACCUCCAGCUUUAGCAGUGCCAUCUGAGCUAAAAAAUCAAGCUAAUCUCUUAGCCCAACAUAGAGAUCAGAGUGAAGUAGACGGCAUUGCUGCGAAAACUCAACGGACAUCUGGGAACAAAUUUAGGUCUUUUGCUGGCAAAAUGGAAGAUACUGGACUAAAAUCUAUGGGUGACUCAGAUUCCCAAAUCCAGUUUAAACCUUCCAUGGGAAAGAUAGAAGACAUCUCUGCAAAGGAUGACUCUGAGCAUCCUAAAACCCAAGGUAGUGGUUUUAAUGAAGUUCUGAUGGCAACACAUACAACUUUUACAGCUCCUCAGGUACCAUCACAAGUUUUUUCUGCUAAAGCACGACAGGGUUCUGCUUCUGUGGGAUCGAGAGUUUCUGGGAAACCAUCUGGAACUGACAAGAAGUUUCAAGAAGGAGGGGGUGAAUUAGUUCAUGCCGAAGACAGCAGUGUCCAACCAUUUCAGGGCAGGAAAAUUAAUGAGGGCAUGGAAGCUCCUUUUUCACAUGAGGAUUCUCAAGCUGCAAGACUAAACAGGGAUAAUCACGAGCUUAAUGACGCCCUUCACCUGAAGGCUGAGGAGUUAGAAAAGCUUUUCGCUGAGCACAAGCUCAAGAAUCAUGUUGAUCAGAUAUCUUCUGCACGAAGAAGAAAAACUUUGCUUAAUCAUUCGGCCAGGUCUCUGGAGAAAAAAUCUGCACUAUCUCCUACUAAGCAAAAGCCUGAAAAGAGCUUACUGAGGCCGGAUUCAAGCAAUGUUGCUGAAUUUGAUUCUGACUUGUUGCCAGGAAUGAUUGAAAAUUUUGAUUUGUGUGAUGCCAAUUUGCAAAAGAUAGGAAAUCACCUUCCAACAGAUGUUCCAAGAGGAAAACUCUAUGGAAAAUAUAUGCAGAGAAGGGAUGCUAAACUAAGUCAGGAAUGUGGGUCCAAGAAGGCUCAGAAGGAAGCCAAGAUGAAGGCAAUGCAUGACAGCCUGGAGCUUAGCCAUGCGGAGAUGAAGGCCAAGUUUGCAAGUUUUUCUGAUAGACAAAAUCUGACAUCUUCUCGUCAUCGGCAAGAGAAGAUGCGGUCUUUCAAUGCUCGUUCAACUCUUCAAGUUAAGGACCAGUUCUGUAGCGAGACAUCAGGGUCCUUUACUGGAGAUGGGGAUGCUGAUGAUCGAGAACUGUCUGAAUCUUCUAUUGGCAAUCAAUCCAACAAGCUUUUAUCCUCCACUUUUUUUACAUCGGUAAGCCAUACUUCGAAGCAUUUGGUAAAGUCUACUAAUUCCAACUCCUCAAGGCAUAGAGGACAGUCAGGAAAUCUUGUUGCUCAAUCAGUUCUGACAUUCUCGGACUUGAAGAAUGAAAACGUAAAGCCAUUGGCUGUGGUUACUAAGGCUAUGGCUCACGAGCAUCCAAGAAGCUUAUCAAUAAACAAGAGCUCCAUUAAGGAUGCAGAGAUUUCGAAGGAAGAUCUUCGUUGGUCUAACCAUAUGAGGAAAAAUUCAGUUACUCCCGCUGAGCCGAAGGAUUUGUCAUCUCCCAAUUCUGACAACACUCUUCAUAACAUCCAAAUGAGCUACGAGUCUAAACGGUAUCUCAAAAAGGGAAAUGGUGUAAACCAUGGUUCGGGAGCUGUUAUGGGAAAAUCAAGAAGCUCCAUAGCUGCUGAGGAGCUUAGAAGCAAAGAAAAGUCUGAAGAAAUUGUCAGUCCUAAGGAAGAUUCACUAGAUAUGGCCAUUGAUGAUGAAGAAUUUCAAAGUGCUUAUGCUGAAAGAAAUAAUCUGAUUAUGGAUCUUCCUAUCGACUCUAAUGGUGAAAAACCACGGCACAGCCAAUUAUCUGGUGAACCUGAAUCAGAAAAUGGUGACCUUAUAAGGCCUCAAUCUCAUCUAGAUGAUUCUUCUAUCAUUUAUUCUAAAUUCAGCUCUUCUAGAAAUGCUGAGGACUCCGCGGAAGAAAGUUCGAGAUCGUUGACUUCACAUAUUUACCAUUCACAUGCUUAUACACGUGAAGCAUCAGAUAUUUAUGCAACUUCUGAUUUUAAUACUGAUUGUACGUCGUGGAAUUCUCAUUCGCUAAACCAUAUAGUGGAUUCUGAAGCAGCUCGUAUGAGGAAGAAAUGGGGAAGUGCUCAGAUUCCUGUCAUUUCUGCCAGCGCCUCCCAACAAUCUCGCAGAGAUGUAACAAAAGGCUUCAAGCGAUUAUUAAAUUUUGGAAGAAAAAAUAGGGGUGCAGACUAUCUAGUAAAUGAUUGGUUCUCUGCUUCAACCGCCUCUGAGGGUGAUGAUGACACAGAAGAUGGACGGGAUCUAGUACACAGGCCCACAGAAGAUCUUAGAAAGUCUAGAAUGGGUUACAGUACAACAUAUGAUGGAUACAAUGAUGGUGACAUCUUUCCAGAACAAGCACACUCCCUCCGCAACUCAAACCAAAACCCUCCUACAAACUUCAGGUUGAGGGAUGAUCAUCUAUCAGGGAACUCUCUAAAAGCGCCUCGCUCGUUCUUCUCCCUCUCAUCAUUUCGGAGCAAGGCAGGUGAUUCCAAGCCCAGAUGACUCGUGCCAGUAGAUUGAAGACGAUAUAUAUACACUAUGGGUAGAUUAUGAAGCAUUUUAAUAAUCCGUUUCCUGGAUCUCUCUCCCCCAGCUUCAAUUUUCAGUUUACAUAACUCAUGGUUGGUUGGUUGGUUAUUCAGGCGAUUUCUUUUUGAUUUGUGUGUUUGCAGCAGUUUUGUGAAAGCCAUGUUGUAGAAAUUCAUCAGGUUAAUUAUCCUGUUUGUAUGAAAUAUUGUUCAUGACUUGGUGGUUCGCUCAUGGUGUUUUCCCUGCUCUCAUAAAUGUACUGCAAUAUAUUUAUGUUUCAGCAGUCUAUUUGAUUUUGUACAAAUCAAUAUGAGAAGCUCGGCCUCUUAAUU